AUGGCUGCAACGGGCACUGCUACCUCCUCCUGCCCCGUCCCAGGGAGACACCAUCUCCCCAUCCCAGAAGGCUACAGCUCCACACCAGGUGGCACCGUCUACUCCACCACACCAGGGGGUACCCGCAUCAUCUACGACCGCAAGUUCCUGCUGGAGUGCAAGAAUUCACCCGUGGCCAGGACCCCUCCCUGCUGCCUGCCCCAGAUCCCCGGUGUCACAUCCCUGGCCCAGUCCAGCCUCGUCAAGCUGGAGGAGCUCAAGGAGCAGAAUGAGAGCAAAGAAGCCAUGCCAGAUCAAGACCAGUUUGAGAUGGACAUCUGA